AUGACUAAUGCAGUAUCACAUACAGUAACAGAAAAUACAGCAGAAGUACGUAAAGCAGCAAAACUAACAGCAGUAGAAUCAACAUCAGUGUCAGAAGAACCACUAUCAGUAACAGCAGAAGUAACUCCUCCAGCAUUAGAACCAGCUCCUACAUCAGCAACACCAUCUCCUUCAACAGCAGUAGCAGAGGAAACACCACCAGCAACAGCAGAAGCAGCUCCUCCAGCAGAAGAACCAGUUUCUACAGCAGCAGCGCCAUCUCCCACACCAGCAGUAGCAGAACCAACUCCUUUACCAGUAAUAUCAGAAACAACUACUCCACCAGCAGCAACUAAACCAACUUCUCCACCAGCAGAAACAGAACCAGCUCCUCCUUCAUCAUCUUCAGGAGUGGGAGAAAAGAAUAGAUCAGUCACAAGACUGCAAUACUUACCAACAACAUAUUCAGUGGUACCUGUAUCAUCAUCACAGAAAGUAUCUCUAGGAGUGACUGAUGCAGAAUUAGAUACAGUAACAGAAAAUGCAGCAGAAGUACCUAAAGAAGCAAUACUAACAGAAGUAGAAUCAACAGCAGGGUCAGAAGAACCACGUUCAGUAACAGCAGAAGUAACUCCUCCAGCAUUAGAACGAGCUCCUACAGCAGUAACACCAUCUCCCUCACCAGCAGUAACAGCACAAACUACUUCACCAGAAAUAGCAGAAGAAACAGCAACAGCAGAAGCAACUCCUCCAGCAGUAGAACUAGUUCCUAUAGCAGCAGCACCAUCUCCCACACCAGCAGUAGCAGAACCAACUCCUUUACCAGUAAUAGCAGAAACAAUUCCUCCACCAACAGCAGAAACAGUACAAGCUCCUCCUCCAUCACCUUCAAGAGUAGCAGAAAAGAAUAGACCAGUCACAGUAAGUAAAGUAUCAUCUUUGUCUCAUGAUGAAGUGAUACCAAAUGAUUUGGGAAAACAUGUUCCUAUAAAACUUGUGGACAGUAAAGCUCAAUUGGUUUCAAUGGAUAUUUUCAAAACUAAAACCAAAGUGUGGAUGAAGAAAAAUAUUUUCUACAGUGUAGAAGAAUUUCAGAAUAGUUGUAAAGAUGAUCUAAUUUAUUGA